AUGAUUCGUCUUUCGUGUGGUGUCCAAGUUACACGUACAAUUUUGGUUGCUUUAAAUGUUUUAUUUAUUCUAUUUGGUUUUGCUUUAUUGGGGUUUGGUAUUUAUCUUAAAGUGAGCAAAAAAUUUGAUGUCGCAUUAUCAGAUCAUAUUAAUGCACAAAUUAUUGGUGGAGAAGCUAUUGCAGUUGUGGGAGUUAUCUUGAUUGUUACUGGUAUUUUUACAAUACUUUUAUCUAUAUUUGGUUGUUUAGGUUCUUUAUUAAAAAAUCGACUCUUUCUGUAUUUAUAUGCAAUAAUUCUUAGCAUUUUAAUGAUUUUGGAAUUGGCUGCAUUUAUUACAACGAUGAGUUCUCGUGUUCGUGUACGUCAUAGUUAUGAGUCUGGUCUUUGGAAUGUAUUUAGUGAUGCAUAUGACAAUCAUCGACAAGAUCUCAUUAAACAAGUAGAAGACUUAGAACAAGAAUUUAAAUGUUGUGGUGUUGUCAAUUCUGAUGAUUAUCAAAAAGUAAAUUCCACUAUUCCUUUGUCAUGUCAUCAAGAUCAAUCAUUAUCUAAACCUAUAUUUAACAAAGGUUGUGCUGAUGCAAUUAUUGAUUGGAUAUGGGAUGAAUUACCAGUAAUCGGCGGUGUAGUAGGUGCUGUCAUAUUUAUUGAAAUUUUUGGUGUUAUCUCUUCGAUUUCAUUGGCUGUUGCUAUUUCACAUUAUUCAUAUGGAGAACUUUAUGGAAAAUUAUAA